CAUUUCUCACUCUCUCUCUCUCUCUCUCUCUCUCACACACACACACACACAAAUAUCUUCUUUUCAGUUUUCACAAUGCAACACCAAAACCAACCACAUUUCUCCGCCGAUGCUCCCACCACUCCCUGCGCCGGACCUACCGUUACAUUCUCCUCCGCUGCUGCCGAUCAUAAACGUGGCAAGAAGCGUGGGAGUUACAACUGUGGCCGCUGUGGUCUUCCUAAGAAGGGCCACAACUGCCACACCAGCAUAACCACCACCACCACCACCGACACUACCACAGCCACCACUACUUCUAGUCCUAUUAUCAACACUCCAACUUCUCGUGCCGAUUCCUCCGCCUCUCUCUCCUCCACGCGUCCUCCGCCACCGCGUCAGCCCUACACGCACUUCCGUCGCGCCCUCUCUUUCGACGACGACGUCCGCGCCGGCUUCCCCGAGCCGGAGCCUGAGGUCGAGGAAGAGGAGCAGGAGGAGGAGGACUUCGGUUAUCCUUCAAUGGAUCCGGAGCCGGGCGCGUUACCGGCGAGUUGCUUGUGGGAGAUACUCAGGAGGUUGCCGCCAGUGGGGCUGUUGUCGGCGGCGAGAGUUUCGAAGUCGUGGAGAGAGACGUCGAAGAGGCUGUGGAAGGCGGCGGAGGAGCUCAGGCUUAGGGUUCCAGCCAGAGCUCAGGUCGGUUUCGUAGGAUCGGUGUUGCAGAAAUGCCCAGGGCUCGUCAGACUCUCCCUUAGAAUGGAAAGUGAUUUGGAUGCAACAAUGUUAGCUUGCAUUGCAUUUUCAUGCCCUAAUCUGGAAUUUAUGGAGAUCUUGAAAUCCGAUACUGCGAUUAAUCGGAUCAAUGGCGAUGAAUUGGGUCGUUUUGUUGCGGAUAAAAGAUGUCUUAAAAGCCUUAAGAUGGAAGGGUGUUCUAAUCUAGGGGGUUUUGUUCUUUGUUCGUCAAGCCUUUCUACACUUUGGCUUUCGGAUCUUUACUCACUCUCUAAGAUGGUUUUUAACUGCCCAAAUCUCAAGGAGAUUUCCUUAGAAUUUUAUCGUCAAGAAAAUGAUAGCACUGAUCUUACUACCAUGGUUGAUGGUUUGGGAAGGAAUUGCUUAAGGUUGCAAAACAUACACAUUGCAUCGGUUCGUCUUUCUCAUUCUGUUGUGCUUGCUCUUACUGCUGCAAAUCUAAGGGGAUUGCGAAUGCUUUCGCUUGUUCUUGGAUCUGAAAUCACUGAUGCAUCUGUUGCUGCAAUUGCUUCAAGCUAUCCGAACUUAGAAUUGCUUGACCUGAGUGGAUCAAGCAUUAGUGAUAGUGGCAUUGGAAUGAUCUGCAAUGUGUUCCCUGAAACACUUUCAAGACUCCUCCUUGCUCUUUGUCCAAAUGUUACUUCAAGUGGCAUUCAGUUUGCUACAGCUCAAUUGCCACUUCUUGAGCUCAUGGAUUGUGGCAUGACCAUUUGUGAUCCCAAUUCCCAAAAUGGAAUCCCUGAUGAAAGCAGUGAUUGGGAAUUAAGAAACACUGCAAACCAUCUUAUUUACCAAAAGCUGAUUAUCAAGCAUGGUCGGCUGAAGAAACUCAGUUUGUGGGGUUGUUCUGGCUUAGACGCUUUAUAUUUAAACUGCCCAGAACUGAAUGAUCUAAAUCUAAACUCUUGUAAGAAUUUGCAUCCAGAGAGACUGUUACUUCAGUGCUCCAAAUUAGAAAGUGUGCAUGCAUCAGGCUGUCAAGAGUUGUUGAUAGGGGCCGUUGAAAGUCAGGUCAGUAAUGAUUUCCCUGCCGUGGAAAAUGUAUUACCAUGUAAACGUUUAGCUGAUGGCUCCAAAAGGGUUCGGGUUCCACAUUUUCUAAGUGCACAGUCAUGUGAUGAUGAUAAGAAGCGAAGGAGGGUUGAGAGACGGCACUGUAAUGUUCUUGUGAGCUGAUCACAUAUGGUCUCUGAAGAUUUAUGUUAUACACAUGGUGCAAUCUCAUCUGUUGUUAUGUUAGUUUCCUGUGGCUGUGGCCCAUGUAUUCAAACAGUAUAAUUUUGCAAAAACAUGUUUGGGACUGGUGCCUUGUAGAAUCACCUUUCCUUUAAAAAAGAAAAACACCAACUGGUGUUAUUGUUUCAAACUUGAUGUCAUUAUUGGAAAAAAAAAAACUGGAUGACCAACUUUGGAUUAUCAGUUCCUCAUUUAUGAAAUAAAGAUCUAUAAUUCUCACAA